AUGCACAUGGUUCGCAGGUCGUUUGAGAACCCAAUGCACAUGGUUCGCGGGCCGUUUGAGAAACCAAGACACAUGGUUCGCAGGUCGUUUGAGAAGCCAAGGCACAUGGUUCGAGGGUCGUUUGAGAAUCCAAUGCACAUGGUUUGCGGGUUGUUUGAGAAACCAAGAGACAUGGUUCACAAAACGUAUGAGAAGCCAAUGCACAUGGUUCGCAGGUCGUUUGAGAAGCCAAGGCACAUGGUUCGCGGGUCGUCUGAGAAGCCAAUGCACAUGGUUCGCAGGUCGUUUGAGAAACCAAUGCACAUGCUUCACGGGUCGAAUGAAAAACCAAUGCAUAUGGUUCGCAAGUCGUUUGAUAAACCAAUGAACAUGGUUCGCGGGUCGUUUAAGAAGCCAAUGCACAUGGUUUACAGGUCGUUUGAGAAGCCAAUGCACAAGGUUCGCAGGUCGUUUGAGAUACGGAGGCAUAUGGUUCGCGGGUCGUCUGAGAAACAAAUGCCCAUGGUUCGCGGGUAUUUUCCUCUUUUCUUUCUUAUUUUCUUUCAUUUAUUUUCUAUCAGUAAGAAGUUUCCAUCUCUCUCUCUCUCUCUCUUGAUUUCUUUACCCUUUACGUUUCUUUCUUUUCUUUUUUUCAUUUUAAUGCAUUAUUAUUUCUUUUGCAUCUUUAUUUUUUCUUUUUUUUCAGUUUUCUAUCUUUUGAUUUUUUUCAUUCCUUUUUUCCCUUUUUUAUUUGUUUUUUUUUUUCUUUCUUUGUCUCAUUGGCAUCAGCCAUGUCUUUCUCUCUCCCUUUUCUUUCUCUUUCUUUCUUUCUCUCCCUUUUUCUUUCUUGUCUUUCUCUCCCUUUUUCUUUCUUGUCUUUCUCUCCCUUUUUUUUUUUUCUUUCACUUCCUUUUCUUUUUUAUUUCCACAAUUAUUAGGGUGAUCGUUUAUGACUUCCCAGUUUUUCGUUUUUUAUCACUUUUAAAUUAUAAACUCAAUUUCUUUCUUUUUUCUUUCAUUCUUUUUUUCCUCCUUUCUUUCUUUCUUUCUUUCUUUCUUUCUUUCUUUCUUUCUUUCUUUCUUUCUUUCUCCUCAAUUUCCUUGCGGUUGGGACGUGAAAACAUUUUAUUAUACAUACAAUUAUACUAUCUAUCUAUCUAUCUAUCUAUCUAUCUAUCUAUCUAUCUUUACAACACUGCUGAAUAG